AUGUCGAUUGUCUUACUUAGGAAUACCACUCGUACUCUCACGCUGAAACAUGCGUCGCGAUCACUGAUAGUACCUACCUUACCUGCGAACUCAAUAAAACCCGGUAUCCGUGCUUUCUCGACAACUUUACGGUUCCACAAAGAUUCGGAUGACCGGAGGAAAGCUUAUAAGAGAUAUGACGACGACGAGAAAGGUGGUGUGAAGGAAGAUUAUAACAAGAAACAUUAUGAUGAUUACCACAGGGGUGGUGUGGAUAAAGCUUAUAAGGAGAGAGAUGGUGAUGACAAAGGUGGUGUAAGGAAAGGCGAAUCUCUCGCCAACGCUGAACCUGUGCCAUGGCAUUAUGAAAAUGUCUCUGCACCUCCUGUCCACAAGCAGGAUAAACCCAGCAGCGAUGUCAAAGAGAAAGGAAAGCUUCUAUCAACGCCUUCACGCCUCUUCAAGCUUCUCCUACCACUCAAGAGUAUCAACAAUGCAAAGCAGCAAAACCGACCCGUAGAGCCACUUGCACUACUAGUGCACCCGCGACAACCGCUGUCCUACCUUGAACGUCUUAUACAAUCCGAGCUACCGCCCAUCAGACCGGGGGAUGGGGGGCCGGCUCGCCCUCCCGAGAUCGCAUUCAAGGCUGUUAACGUCGGGGACACCCUCAUGUCCGAGCGAGACAGUGAGGGGCACGCAAGCAAAGCCGAAAGGUUUCUGCGUGGCGGCGAGGGUGAGGGUGGGGUCGAGACUGGAGGCGGUCUAGGGAAGCUCUCUACAGAGCCGAAAUCAGGGGAGGGAGGGCUGGUUCGGUGGUCUACCAGUACGGAACUGGGUGACUUUGUUAGGGAUGCAGCGCGCGGGAAGGAGUUCAUUAUUGAGGUCGAGAAAAAUGAGAGCGUUGCAGUGGGCGUGCCGAGCUUUCAUCAGCGUACGCAUUAUCAGCGCCAGAAGCUGAUGGAAAUAACGAGGAAGAUAGCCGCCGAGAAGAAAUUGAAGGACGAGUGUGAUAAACUGGCACACAGGAGCGCACAGAGAUUAUCGAUGGGAGGUUUUGCGGUAUUGAUGAGUUGGUGGGGGGGUGUUUGUUGGUUGACGUUUGGGACGCAUCUAGGAUGGGAUUUCAUGGAGCCCGUUACUUAUUUGGCUGGAAUAUUCCUAGUGAUACUUGGUUAUGGUUGGUUCCUGUACUAUAGACGGGAGGUGUCAUACCGAGCCCUGUUACACAUGACAGUAAAUUCACGGCAAAUGAAGCUCUAUACAGAACGCGGGUUCGAUAUAGACCGCUGGGAAGAGUUGAUAAGUGACGCGCGAUCAUUACGGCGGGAAAUCAGAAACAUCGCGGAUCAGUACGAUGUCAAGUGGGAUGAGACGAAUGAUGAGGCAGGAGGAGAGAAGGUAUUAAAGUUAUUGAAGGACGCAGAGAAGAAAUCAAAAAAGAAUAGCGAAGUUGGUGACGAGGAGGAAGAAGAUGUUGUAGAGAUUGGGAAGGAAAAGAAGGACUUGUGA